AUUUACCUUCUGCCUUGGCUACAGCGGUCACUAUAUUUCCCUAAAAAGCCUUAUCUUGGAUAACAACCUGAAUGAUCGAUGGCGCACCUUCAACUGUUACUGUGUAUUGUGUUCUUGUUGGUUAAGGUUAAAGGAAAUAAAAAUGACAUUGCUGUUCGUCUGAUGGAUGGUAAGACUCCUAACAAAGGACGUGUAGAAGUAAGAUACAAAGGUACUUGGGGAACCAUAUGCAAUGAAGAGUGGGACAUAUGGGAUGCUUACGUGGUGUGUCACAUGUUGAAUUACUCCAAGGCAGUUACAGCAACAACUGCUAGCGUCAAAGGAACUGCUCAUAUAUGGCUUAAAGAGCUUGAUUGUUUUGGAUCCCAAGAGUCUAUUGAUCAGUGUAGGUAUGUUGGUUGGGGUAACACUGGUGGCUGUAAUCACAGCCGUGAUGCUGGAGUGGUAUGCGGCAAUGCAAUACACGUCAAUGUUCGUCUAGUGAAUGGUAAAACUCCUAACGAGGGACGUGUAGAAGUAAGAUACAACGACACUUGGGGUACCAUAUGCAAUGAUGGUUACUGGGACAUACAAGAUGCAUACGUGGUGUGUCACAUGUUGAAUUACUCCAAGGCAGUUACAGCAACAACUGCUAGCAUCAAAGGAACUGGUCCAAUAUGGCUUAACGGACUUGGUUGCUUGGGAUACGAAGAAUCUAUUGAUCAGUGUCGUCAUGCUGGCUGGGGUAACACUAGUGGAUGUGAUCACAGCCGUGAUGCUGGAGUGAUAUGUGGCAAUCUAACAUCAGAGGAGACAGCAAUAGAAGUUCGUCUGGUGGGAGAUCAAAACCAUACCGGCAAAGUAGAAAUCAAGUACAACGGAACUUGGGGAGUAGUGUGUGAUUGGUCUAGAUGGUGGGAUAUACGAGAUGCUCACGUGAUCUGCAGAAUGCUUGGUUACAAAGCUGCUGAACACGCAAUUCGGUUCAUUGAAGGAGAGACACCAACAAGAAUGCUCAUGUAUAGUGUCGCUUGCAAUGGUAGAGAAAAGUCGAUUGCAGAGUGUUAUCACUUGGGAUGGUGGAGUAUUCAUUCAUGGUGUUCGAAUAAAGAUCUUGUUGGUGUGGUUUGUCAGACAAAUGAAGAUCCUCCACCAGUUCAAGUUCGUUUAGCUGGAGGAAGGUCAGCCAUUUCUGGUCGACUUGAGGUCAGUUACCAUGGUCAGUGGGGUACUGUAUGUAAUGUUGGAUGGGACAUGAAAGAUGCUGAGGUGGUGUGUCGUAUGCUUGGUUAUCCUGGAGUACAGGAAUACAAUACUACCAACUUUACGCACGUCAAGGGUAUAAUAUGGCUGAUGUUUGUUGGUUGCACAGGAAGAGAAGCAUCGAUAGCAGACUGCAGCCACAUUGGAUGGGGAAAUACAAUUUGUUAUCAUAGCCAAGACGUUGGUGUCACGUGUAAAAUGGCCUCGAGCUCUGCUCCUCGAUUUAUAGUAAGCGGGGAAACUCAUGGAUCACCAUAUACAACGGCAAUGCUCGUCUUUAAUUCGUCAACAACUGAUAAAGAGAGAAACAUUACAAACAGAGCUUUUCAAAUUACUAUCACAAAACUAGAAGUUUCAAGUCUUAACUGCUACAGAUCAUCCAUCAAAGUUAACCAUUCGUACGUGACAGCCGAGAUCCUGGGUUCUAGCCUAGUUGGUAACUUUACGAUUGGUGAUGGUAACUAUUACCAUGGUUACUAUAACGUACCGUUAGAGCCUGGGUCUACAUAUAGAGUCUUUGUAAGGACAGUUAUCACUGCACAUAAUGGGGGUAAUAAUUAUGGAGAAGCUGCCAAUGCUACUUUUACAACAAGAGUGAAAACAUGCAUAGGUUAUUUCUGGAGCAAGAUAGGCCAAAAUAUUUUUUCAACUGCUUAUCAAAAUAUUCAUACAUAUUAAUCGUUUUUUUUUUCUUUUUUUCAAUAUGUCUUUUGCAUUUGCUUUUCAAACAGGAAUUUUUUAAAUAUAAUUUCCCGUUUUUUAGAACACUGUCAGAGCCGAAAAGUCAAGUUAAGCUGCAGUUAUCCUAAUACCCAUGGUGGAAAAAUUUGUGAGAUGAAAAUCGGGUCUUGCAUUGAUGUGUUGAGAGGAUCUGCACAGCCGAAUUGAAUUUCGGAAGAUUUACGAGCUAGUCCCCUUUAACGACCUUGAAGUCUACGCUAUCAACACUAUCAACACUAACAAACUUGAAGCUGAUGAUCUCGGACGAUUUCCGUUACUUGAUCUUGCUUUGGUCUAUGAAGAGCAAAGCCAUUUAGGUCAACGACUAACCCACCCUGACGGUACCUUGAGAAAAAUGUUUGUCAAACGAUACAAGUCUGUGUUUGACAAGUAAGUAGUUCAACCUACCCUACCCUACCCUACCCUACCCUACCCUACC